AUGUCGUCGCUCGCGCAACUGGGCAGAUCUUCUCGUGCCCUGAACUCAACCCUCUCGCUCUCCGCCGUCUCUGCUGCCAGGGUCAACGCCACCACUGCUCCUAGACGUACCCUACUCACCGUUGCAUCUGCCCUGGGACGUCGCCAGGGUGCCUCGGUCGCCCAAAGGACCACUCUCAGACACACCCGCACUCAGCAAACUGCCCUCCGCGCUUUCUCCCAGUCCCUCCCAAGCUUGAAUGCUUCCGAGGUCGAGGAUGAGUCUGAGGAUCCUACCAAGGCAGAGCGCUUUGCGGACGAAACCGACGUCGUCAUUGUCGGUGGUGGCCCUGCUGGUCUCAGCGCCGCCAUCAAGUUGAAGCAGCUUGCCAAUGCCGAUGGACGCGAGCUCCGCGUUGUCUUGGUGGAGAAGGGUGCUGAAAUCGGUGCCCACACACUCUCUGGUGCCGUUCUGGAACCUCGCGCAUUGAAUGAGUUGAUUCCCGACUGGAAGGAGAAGGGUGCUCCAUUGAACCAGCCAGCACUCAGUGACCAAAUGAAGCUGUUCACCAAGAACUACACCAUCCCCUUGCCUCAUCCUCCUCAGAUGAACAACAAGGGCAACUACAUUGUGUCCCUGAGUAACUAUGUUAAAUGGCUCGGCGAACAGGCCGAGGAAGCCGGCGUUGAGGUCUUUCCAGGAUUCUCUGCCAGUGAGGUUCUCUACAAUGAAGACGGCAGCGUUAAGGGAAUCGCUACAAACGAUGUUGGAUUGGAUAAGGAUUUCAAACCAAAGGAGGGCUUUGAACGAGGCAUGGAGUUUCAUGCCAAGGUCACCCUAUUUGCCGAGGGAUGUCACGGCUCCUUGACCAAGAAGCUCUUCCGUCAGUUCAACCUCCGCGAUGAGUGCGACCCUCAGACAUAUGGUAUCGGUAUCAAGGAAGUCUGGAAGAUUGAUCCCAGCAAGUCCAAGCCCGGUACGGUUGUGCACGGAUUGGGUUGGCCCAUCGACAACUCGACGUACGGUGGUUCGUUCAUCUACCAUAUGGGCGAUGACAUGCUCAGCUUAGGGCUCGUCAUUGGCCUCGAUUACGAGAACCCCUACCUUCAUCCCUACAAGGAGUUCCAGCGCUUCAAGCACCAUCCCUACGUCAAGGAUAUUUUGGAGGGCGGAGAGUGCCUCUCCUAUGGUGCCCGUGCCAUUAACGAGGGUGGACUUCAGUCGAUCCCCAAAUUGUACUUCCCCGGCGGCGCCCUGAUCGGAUGCACCGCUGGUUUCUUGAACCUGGUCAAGAUUAAGGGAACGCACACCGCCAUGAAGUCGGGCAUGUUAGCUGCCGAGUCAGCCUAUGCUGCAAUCACAGCCGAAGAUUAUUCGGAAGAGAAACCCAUUGUCCUGGCUGAUUUCGAACAGAAGAUCAAGGAUAGUUGGGUCUGGAAGGAGUUGACCGAGGUACGCAACUGCAGACCUAGCUUCCAUUCACCUCUUGGAAAUCUUGGAGGCGUCCUCUACUCGGGUAUCGACACAAUUCUUCUCAAGGGCAGGACACCAUGGACUUUCCACAACACCACCCCCGAUCAUGAGCGUCUCAAGGUGGCCAAGAACUCCAAGAAGAUCGAAUAUCCCAAGCCCGAUGGGGUUAUCUCGUUCGAUUUGCUGACCUCAGUUUCCAGGACAGGCACCAACCACGCAGAGAAUCAGCCUGUGCAUUUGCGCCUUAAGAACAAGGACAUCCCUGUGGAGCGCAACCUGAAGGUCUUUGAUGGCCCGGAAGGACGCUUCUGCCCCGCCGGCGUGUAUGAGUUUGUGCCAGAUGAGAGCGGCCCUGAAGGCACUAAGAGACUCCAGAUCAAUUCUCAGAACUGCAUCCACUGCAAGACAUGCGAUAUCAAGGAUCCCAGCCAGAACAUUGACUGGACAGUACCAGAGGGUGGCGGCGGACCCCAGUACUCUUUCACGUAA